AUGGCGGAGACUAUCGAGGAGACUUACGAGAGCGCGGUCACCCGCAAGGUGGUCCGCAAGAGCCUCAAGAUCGAGGAGGUGAGCAACGUCAGGCCUCGGCCGCCGAACGGGCGACACACCGCGCGCUCGGACGCCGAGCGCCGGCGUAAACAUCAGACACGACACACGACAGCGCGACACACGGACACGACAAACGCUAAGCACUCCACCGUAAAGCCGAACAUGUUCGGCAACACCCGCGCGCCCAAACAGUUCGAUAACAAAGUGGACACC